UUUCAGGGGUCGGCAGAUUCAAAUUAUAGUCAGCCGUCGUCAGAGUUUUCUUUGGACGAAGAACGCGAUGCUUUAAGAAUAGAAACAGAGCGCCAAGCUGUGGCACAACUCGAAAAGGCCAAAAGUAAACCAGUAGCGUUUGCUGUACGUACUAAUGUACCAUACGAUGGUAGUUUGGAUGAUGACUCUCCAGUACAUGGUCAUGCCAUUACCUUUGGUAUUAAAGAUUAUUUACAUAUAAAAGAAAAAUUUAACAAUGAUUGGUGGAUAGGUCGACUCGUUAAAGAAGGUAGUGACUUCGGCUUCAUCCCAAGUCCUGCCAAGUUAGAGGCCCAAAAAUUACAAAGUACAGGUGGCGGACGAACAGGAAAAUUAUAUACAAGCAAAACCAACUCUUCCACGAAUAUUGAUAACCUACUAGCUAAUUCCAAGUCUUCGAAUUCUCGGGGUUCGACGCCACCCACCCCUGGUCUAGAAGGGGAUCAAAAUGGAAUGGACAGUAAUGUCGGAGAUGAUUCAGAUAGUCUGGGCAACAAGGCCAGUAUUACAGCACCUACUAAAGAAAAACGAAAACCCUUCUUUAAAAAGUCGGAGAGUGUAGCACCAUAUGAAGUCGUGCCUUCUAUGCGACCAGUUGUUUUGAUUGGACCAUCGUUGAAAGGUUAUGAAGUCACAGAUAUGAUGCAGAAGGCUUUAUUUGAUUAUAUUAAACAUCGGUUCGAAGGAAGGAUUAUAAUAACGCGUGUGACUGCUGAUAUAUCAUUAGCCAAACGCUCUGUGUUAAAUAACCCCAGUAAAAGAGCCAUAUUAGAAAGACCAAAUAGCAGAUCUUCUGGUUUAGUUGAAGUACAAGCUGAAAUUGAGAGGAUAUUUGAACUAGCUCGAACAUUACAACUGGUUGUUUUAGAUUGUGACACUAUUAAUCACCCUUCCCAACUGGCCAAGACUUCCUUGGCUCCUAUUGUAGUUUAUGUCAAAAUAGCCUCACCCAAGGUGUUACAGAGGUUGAUUAAAUCAAGGGGCAAGUCACAGAGUCGUAAUAUGAAUGUUCAACUGGUAGCUGCAGAUAAGCUAGCACAAUGUAGUCCUGAAAUGUUUGAUGUGAUUUUAGACGAGAACCAAUUAGAGGAUGCUUGUGAACAUUUAGCCGAAUUUCUCGAGGCGUAUUGGAGGGCUGCACACCCCCCAAGUAAUAACCCCCAAUCCCCAUCGCGACCUCACGCCCGCUCGAUGCCUUCUCCUACCACUCCUCUUACACGCCACAAUACAGUCCCAGCACACCAUUCACAUUCUCAUCACGUAGAUAGGGGCAAUCCUGGCAGCCCUGAAAACCGUCACGACACCUACGAUCAUGUGACAGACAGGGGACAUAACCGCGAUAUACAUUUACACGAGUAUGAUAAAGACAAUUACCGAUCCCGUGAUUAUGAUCAAUCGCGGGAAUAUAAUUCACAGGACUAUAGCGAUAGCAGGAGACGAGUUCACGACCAUGAGAAGCAUCACAUGUCUCCACGUAGUAACAAUUACCCACCUGUACGCCAGGGAAGUAUAGAUAUUUAG